AAAACCAGAUAUGUCAACAAUUUUUUAAUUUAAUUACUUUUUUCUGUAUUGUGGUCUGUAUCAUCUAAAGUAUAAUAGUUUACAUAUUUUACACGUUUAUUUUGUCUACAUGAAAAAGAUUCGUGUAAACAUCACGUAUUGUUUACGUUAAAAACUUGUGUAGACGUAAUCUUAAAAUAUACGGCAUAAUCUGGUUUUAAUAAACAUUGACCAGUAUAAUUUUACGACUAUUAUUUGCGUAAACUUGAAGACCAUAAACUCAUUUCUUUUUAUAUCCGAACAUUUUAUUAUACACACUCGUGAUACUCGCGCAAAAAUUGAAUUAAUAAUGAAAUUCUAUUUUUGUCGUGGAAUUUCCCACGUUUCACAGGCCAGAUCACUUCUCAUAAGAAAUUAUUACGUAAGAAAAAGUUGCCAUGGUUACCUAUCUCGCCUUUACCUUUCACAUAUAAAAAAAGACUAUUCAGAGAACACGUAUUCACGUUCAAAGUCGGAAUAUAAGCUCUUUAUGAUAUCUUCAAUUUCUUAUGUGCCAAUUUUGCGUGUUUUUACUCGUAGAUAAUAAUAAAGAAAAUUUCAACAAAUACCUUUCACUUAAAAAUUUUGCAAAGACCGAGGCAUUAUGUAUGUAUACAUCAUAUGCAAUAUACACAUAUAGAGCGGUUUAUUCAAUUCCACUGUCGUACGGAUAAAAAGUCUGCGUGUUGCACGUAUGCGAAAUACAAUUUCAGGAUGUGGAAAGGCAUCGCGUCGAAAUGCCGCGCUGCGUCGCGGUGAUUUGAAUAGCACGGUUGUAUAGGAUGUUUCUCACCUUUCUCUGCUUCUUUUUUAGUUUCAAAACAGUUCGUCACGUCAAUAUCGAAUGCACGGGCGGGGCGCGUUCGUAAGCGGAAUAUAUCUUCGUCAAAGUCGCGGAGUUAAAAAAAAACGAGCCCAAAGAGUAACGCGGUUUCGAGACUUUCGUACCUCUCUCGCCCUCUCUUCAGCCACGGUGGCUUUCAUCACUGGCAAUGGCGCGGAUAUCGAAUUAAUUCAUUAUCCAGAUUGAAUUAUGAUGUCCCUACUAAUGAUGCGUGUGCGAAAAUGUAGGUUCUAAAUGCGAUACGAAAGCGUAACAAAGCAUUUAUUAUGGAAAAUAAUUCUCGACUCUUGAAUAUUAUCUACGGUUCGUUUGACCGAUUUGUAUUAUGCAAAUUUAUUAUUUCCUUUUAAGUAAUAAAAAAAUAUAGCUCUAUAAUCACUGUUCUAUUUUUAAUGAGACUAAUAUCGCUGAUUAUAAUAACGAUCGUUCGCAAGAGCAAUUUUCGUCUACAUUACGCUGCAUUAAAAAUAUUUAGUUAAUGAGAGAAUUAUUAAUUUAUUAUUAGGCUCGAACUCAAACACUCUUGAUAGCAAAUAGAAUAAAAUAUUAUAUGCGAUAUUUAUUAAGCUUUUGAUAUAUAAGUCUGUGUCAACAUUACAAAUGAGAUGUGUUCAUAAAAUUUGUAAUGUGAACGAAAUCAAUAAAUUGCUCGAUAUAUCGGAUGGUAUCUGGACCACAUUGAUAUUUUUAUAUUUUAUAAUUUAAUACAGAUUUCACCGUGAUUAUUUUUUUUGUUCCAACUCUCUGUGUAUCACAUGUAAAGCACGAUUUUCAGCCGUUAAAUUAUUUGUCUUUGUUCUUAAGUCUAGUCAAUAUUGAUGAAAAUUAAAUUUUCACGGAAAAAAAACACAAUGGUUAGCGCAAGUUAAGAGAGUCAAAUUUUAAAAUAAUCAUUAUAAAAGUAUUAAUUUACUGGCGAGCAAAUGAUCGCUGAAAAGCGUAAUUUGCUAAUUUUACGUAUAUCUUUGCUUCACUGAUAAUUAAUUUUUGAGCAACUGAAAAUUAAACAACUUUUUCUACGGAGAAAAUAUUCAUAAAAAUUUAAAUAAUCGUUUGAAAUAAUUUUUCAGUCAGGAUAAAAUGAUUGAGUUAUUAUAUAAACUAAAAACAUCUAAUACGAAAAGUCGAUAGAUGCCAAUUAUUUUUUCGUUAAAAAAAUAUUUACCGAUUAAUGACAUAUAAAACUUGUCGAAUUGUAUUUAUUAAAAAUAGAGCACACAGAUUUUCUCGCAGCCGAUACAUCCAAUGUCCCGGACCUUUCAGUAUUUAAUGUAGAUUGCGAGCAAAGAAGAUAAAAAGAAACAGCAGUUAUCGUUUUCAUCAGGCAGUAUGUUCUUGUCAACAAUACGUGUGGAUAUACACAUAUACACAUACACACACACAUGUGUACAUAUAUUGUUGGCAAGAAUGAAAUCUAUUUGCCUGAUAAGCACGAAACAAUAUCAAGGAUAAAUACAACUAUAUUCAUAUAUAUAAAGUCAUAUUCAUCCUUGAUAUUGUUUCGUGCUACGUGAAAUAAUACUCUGACCCAGCUUCAGUCGCUGACCACCUUCUGUCCUAUCUCCCUUUAUUCUCCUAUAUUCCGGCGCCACCUUCCCACCCCGAGUCCGACUUCGUAUCCGGUUCCAUUUGAAUACAAAGCGACAUUGCGUGAAAAAUUAAAUACAGGUUUCGCUCCGUGCUGGCCGCUAAGCAGUGAUUAAUGGACUGGAGCCAUUGAAUUCGGGCAGGCCGACGGAAAAUCGGCCGGUAGUGAAAAUUGGGACUGUAGAGAAAGAAAGAAAGAGAAAGAGAGAGAGAGAGCGAAAGAGAGAGAGCACGCGAAAAGAGGGAGGGAAGAAAAAGUGGUGCAGAGGGAGAAAAGUGAUUUUAUUCCUGUGAGUGCAGACGCCCGUUCGUGACGGAAACUCGAGGACCAUGACGGAGGGCGAGCCCAACGUGAGUGUAAGUGUCCAUACUGUAACAAAUCCAGACAUCAGACAUCAAAGCGGUACACUAUUGGAUCUCAUGACGAAGAACAAGCAGCGAUACCGAUGGCGUUUGCUGGCCUGCGGCAUCGUGGUUAUAAUCGUGCUGGCUCUGGUGAUCGCGGCGGCGAUCCUUCUGACCGGUAGCCCCGAUUCCACCGCGUCCAGAACGAACGGUGCACCCGGCAUUUCCCUGGAGGAAUGGCUCUCCGGUUCGUUAUCCCCCAAGAGCUUCAACGGCACGUGGAUCAGCGGAGACGAGAUUCUCUACCGGGACGAGAUAGGCAAUUUGUUGAUCUACAAUGUCAGCUCGGCUGCAUCCAGGAUCGUGUUGGACUUCUCCAAUCCCUCUCUGCUGUCGAGUUUCGAUCACCAGUUAUCUGCCGAUAGGAAGUAUCUGUUACUCGCUCUCAAUUACCAGAAGCUGUAUCGUCAUACGUACCUGGCCCAUUACAGGCUCGUGAACCUGGAAACUGGAACGGAGACGAUAUUAGCGGCGAACGAAUCGACGCCGUUGCAACUCGCGACUUGGGCACCGCACGGUAACGCCCUGAUCUACAUUUACCAGAACAAUAUCUACUACAGACCGGAGGCGGAGGUGGUCAACGACUAUCAAAUAACCACUACCGGAGUGUUUGGAACCAUUUACAAUGGAGUGCCGGAUUGGGUGUACGAAGAGGAGGUAUUCAGCUCAAACAAGGCGCUCUGGUUUUCUCCGAGCGGUACUAAAUUGGUCUUCGGCUACUUCGAUGAUUCGAGCACUCCUAUAAUGACUAUACCAUUUUACGGAUAUCCCGGAAGCUUAACUUUCCAAUACACGUCAGCGAUACCGAUCCACUAUCCGAAAAGCGGCACGACGAAUCCAACAGUCAAACUAUUUUGCGUUGAUCUCGACAUGGUGGUGUUGGGUAACGUGACUUUGGUGGAGAUCGAACAUCCGCUGGAGCUGUCUACCUCCGAAAGGAUCCUGUCGGCGGUGGACUUCCCCACGGACAGUCUCGUGUACGCGACUUGGAUGAACCGGGUGCAGAACAGGGCGUAUUUCCAGCUUUGCGACGUCGGCAGUCUGCUGCCAAAUUGCACGACAGCACUCUCGUAUGGCGAGGAAAACGGCUGGGUAGAGCAGUUCGAAGCGCCUAUAUUCAGCGAGGACGGUACGUCGUUCCUUCUAAUAUUACCGCAGAAACAGAAGAACGGCAGCGAUUGGCGACACGUUGUGCUGGUUACGAAUGCAACUAGCGGCAGACCGACCACCACCGCCCUCACCUCCGGCUAUUUCGUUGUGACGGAGAUAGUAUCCUGGGAUCGGGAGGACUCGUAUCUGUGAGUAUGAACGCAAUCUACACCGCAAAUUAAGCAAUGUACCUGAAUUUCUCGAUAUUUUUGGAGACCUGAUUUUCGCGACAGUUGAAUGGCUCGCUAUUUCGCAGACUGUCGUGCUCUAGCAAAUUCAUGUCGAUUUAAAUUUUACUACUGUCUAUUUGGUGAUAUAAUCGCAAAUAUAAAUUGUUGGCCGAGAUUAGAAAUAAAAUGUGCUGCUUUGGGUGCGAGGGAACUUUGCAGAAAACAAGAAUCUUGGAUUGGAUAAAGACGCGCGAGCAUUCUAGAUCGUUAUUAACGAAAUGGAUAUCUGAAUAAGCGACACAAUUAUUCGACAGGAAAGUUCUUUCCGGAAGUCAGAUCAGCCCAAUUACUUAAAACUUCUAUGUCGAUAAUCUACUAUUAGCGAUUGGAGAAAAUAGAUUACAUUUGCACUUCUUGGUAAACUUUCUUGCGAUCGCAGCUCUUUUUCCGAAUGAGGAUCGUGAAAAUUCAAUCAAUUUGCUGCCGACGCAUAAUUUCUUCUAAUGAAACGAAAACAAUUGUAUAAUUUUUUUUCUUAAAAUUAAAUUAAAUUUAAAAAGUAAAUUGCACUAUAAUAAUUAUCGACAACAGUUUAGCCAAUAAAAAAUAAUUAGAAUUAGAAAAAAUUAUAGAUUUAUGAUUAAAAAACACACUACAUUGAUACUCACAGAUGACUGUUACAAAUUCAAGAAUUACGUGUGAAAGACUACGUAUUUUAUCCUGGCUGUUAUCCAUGUUAUUUCCAUCUGCAUUAUUUUACAUGCAGUCUCUGUAAAAUGGAUUUAUAGUUCAAUUUCUUUUUCAUUCAUAAUUCCAGAGACUUUUGCUCUCUAAAAAGAGGUGAGUUUUCGAUUUUCUACGUCUCUACUUCUCGAACAAAGAGAACCGUCGUCGCGUAUGCGCAUAUGCACUCUGUUCGUGGCACGAAUUCUCAAAUGCGAGAUACUCGCUCUCAUCCCGGGCCGACGUUCAGAAAGAUAGCGAGCGUGCGAAAUGGCUCGGAAGUAAUUUGCGAAGUGAAAGCAGAGUUCCGCGACAGCUCUGGGAAGUUGCGUGAUGUCGUCAUCGGCUUUGGAAUAAGAGAGAAAGACGGGAAGGGCACUCAGGGAUAGAGAGUGAGAAGAUAGGGCAAGUCCUCUCUCGACGGUUGACCUCGCCUCGCGCAAGAAGCGACUGACUUAAUUGCGCGUUCAUAAAUUAAACGAGGUCUCCGUCGAGGGAUCGAACCGACCCACGUUGCCGUCGCGCGAAUUCGCUUUUUCCACAUCUCGAAAUCCGCGCCGGUCGAUUAACGCCCGAUGAAAGUAGCCGAGGGGAGUCGAGCUACCGUUCGCGUUCAGAAGUUCGAGAACGUUACCGUUGCGUUGGACGACACCUCCCCGGAAAGACCAUCGGAAGACCAUCCACUUUUCAUCUCGCGGAAAAAUUGCUUCGGUCGGGCGUUAACGACGUCGUCUAGAGUUUCGUUGCGCCAAGGAAUAAAAUUCGUAGCAAUUUGCGAUUGAAGGGGACAGCGAUUGAUGUAAACGAGUUCCAGUUGCUAUAAAUAAUGCGAAAAUCUUUAAUUUGAUGUUUCUCAAGUAGUUUAAACUUUCUCUUUAUUUAUGCUUCUUGUUAUGAACGAUUAUUUAAAUUAUAAGCAUUAUAUUGAUAUUAUAUUUGAUAUUCAAAUUAUAAUUGAAGGGUUUCUUAAAAAAACCAAACAAGUGUCCAUUUUUUAAAUAAAUCUGAUUUAUAGCGCAGUGUUCUUUGUAAUAGAUAUAGAAAUUCUCGCAAUCCAAAAAGUUGAAUUUUUAGGAAAUGAAAUAUUUCCUAAAUUUCUUUGAGUCGUUUAUUGUAUAAAUGUGGUAACUUUCCUCUUUUCAUAUAAUAAAUACGAGAGUUAUAGACUUUGAUCAAUAGUAGGAAAUUCCAUUUAAAAGGAAAAAAAUAAAAAACACCUUUGAACUUGUAUGGUUUCUGUAGGAAAUGCUUCAAUUUCAUAUAAUGAAAUAAUUAAAUUAUAUUUUAUAAAUAAAAAUUAGGUAAUAUUAUUUUUCUAAUAAUUAGAAAAGUUGAAGCUAAUUAUAUUAAAAAAGUCGCAACAGUUAGUACGAAGAUACAAAUCUCUCGAUGGCGUUCCGGAAAUUUCUUCGACGCCCAAAAUUCCCGAAAUUUUGUUGAAACGCUGAAACAUCCAACGCAGAACGGCCUCGAUUAAAUGAUAAGAGAUGCGCUCGCUUCCAGUUUCCGCCAUUAAGCGCCCACACGCUCAAUGAAUUUAGCGAAGUCAUUCCGCUGCACAUCGUCCAUACUCGCACAUGCAAGAAGUCGGGGCCCUCAACGAACGCGGUCUGCAUCCGGGGUAACGCGCAUGAAUUAAUCAUUAGGACGGUGUAAACAGAGAACGGCGCGGCGUUCGCGGGAGUUAUUCAGUGGCGUGGCGUUUGCGGCCUGCGGGACGACAUAACGGCGUAAUCAAUGCGCGGAAUCCGCAAUACGAUCGCACUGUGCCAGAAUGUAUCGAUAUAUGUAUAUAUUGCAUUGUAUAUAACAUGGCAGCGUGUCAGCCUGAUUAGUAUCUCGAGCGAACGAUGAGCCUCGCGGACAGACAUUCGAGUCAAUUAAAAGGUACACCGAGAGUACGAUGGAAAUGGAAUUUUCGACCGCGUUUCCGCGGUUUUGGCAUCCAAGAAGAUGGGAGAUGUAGCCAAAUUUGCUGCCGGAGCUGUACGUCGACCAAAUGCAAAUUUUUGUUAACUAGACGCAAACUGCAGCUAAUUCGGUUUCAGUUACCAAAAACCUUGUUUCCGCAGUUAGUUUCUGUAUCGCAUAACUACUCUUGAUCGACCGAACCGCGCUGCGUCCGCGGCAUGCCCGCGGGGGGAAGGAAGGAGAGAGAGUGCUCUGCGGUUCGUUACCGGCUAAGUAAUUGCAGGAACAUGCGUUAAUCGCCGGAGAUGCCGGCGAGGUUGAAAUCGUGAGAUAUUAAGCGCGUUAAACGCGCCGGGGGAUCGCCGUCGCGCGUCCGCCGCAUCCCCGAACGAGGGUUGCACCCGAAUUAGUUCCCCGGGCGGCGCGACGCGGCGUCUAUGCCGCGCGCUGCGAACAGUUCGCGUGGACAGGUCUCGCAACCGCAAGGCUGGGAAACGUUCGUGAGCUGCCUCCGAAAACUCCGCCGCCGCCAUCGGUCGGGUGGCGGCGAAGCGAAAUGGAAACGUCACUGCACCCCGGAGAUAAACACCGGGGGCGGCUACGCCCGUUCUAUUAAACGCUCUUAUUAUUCUAGUCGUCGCGUCGUGCACUCGUUAACCCUGAACCCCGGCGAUGUAUCUCGCAGAAUACGUCUCUGCUCCUCGCCAUCUACCGUCGCGAGUUGCCCUUUUUCAAUUUUCAACUUCAAUUUUAAACUUCUACUUUAGGAUAUACUUUAUUUAUACAAGAAUUUUUUUUUUAAUAUAAAUAUUAGGACUUCUCCAAUUCUCUUCCAUUGCACGAAGAAACGAUUUAUAUUAAGUUUCACAUUAAUCGAAUAGUAUUAAUUCGUGCCCCAUUGCGAUGUAUCGCAACCGCGCACGUAGUUUACUGCGCGCGGUUAUGGUUUACUGCAAUUGAGGUUUUUGCGGUUGCGGUUAGCUGAGGUUGCAGUUAGCUGCGGUUGCGGUUUACUGCGGUUGCGGUUUGCUGCGGUUGCGGUUUGCUGCGGUUGCGGUUUGCUGUGGUUGCGUUAAGUGGUUACGUGGUUGCUGUUGCAGUUAUCUGCGCCAUCGAAUGCAACCGCAACAAACUGCAAACCGUAGAAAACCAUAUCAAAAAGUGUAUGCAACAAAAAUUGAAUUCUAUUGUCUUUCUAAAUAACUUUACGUUUUGUAAAACUUAAAGUAACUAAAAUGACCAAUGCAAUCUGAGUGAAGCGCGAAGCUAAAAGAGCUUCGCAUGUCCGGGUCAUAUUAAUUGAUAAAAUGUACAAGAAAUAUAUAAAGCGUAGUAUAGCUUACUACUUUUUGCGUAGUAAUAAUAACAUAUAUUUAUGAGUUGUUUUGUGAUGUACGUACGUGCUGUGUAAAUGUAAAAUGGAAAAUCGUAUAUUUAGCUACGAAUACAAAAUAUUUGUUUAGUACUCACAAGCACUCACAUUCAUUAAAGAAUAAUUAAAAUACAAAUGCAUCAGAAAGAUUAGAUUGCGCUUGAAUUCUUUUACUGUAACUGUCUUGAAUAUUGUGUUGUGCCAAUUACUCAUAAACUAUUGGAGAAUAAGUACUUUACAUAUUUAAAGUUAAGGGAGUAUCUUAACUGAUCCCCUUUUUGUGAAUAAAAAAGAAACGUAUUAACGUUUUGUCACUUAUCAGCAGAGAAACGGGUAUUGAAAAUGCAGGCAAUCUACUAAAAAAUAUUUGUAUGUACACUCGCGUAUACUCGUCGCGUAUCUUGACAAUCGAUUGCGCGUACUUAAGAGUGUCAGAAACGGGUAUAAAAAUGAUAGAAAAUUAUUGCGCCAAAAAUGAUCGAUAUAAGACAUAAAAAUGUUGAAAUAUUUUUGUAAGGAUGUAAAUUAUCCUCAAUCCUUCUAUAAUUUUUUCUGAUUUCUGCAACGGAGUUAACUUAUCUAUAGUGUUUUUCUUUUAAUUCCCUGUAGUUGCAUAUCGCUUUAAUUUCAUUGUACGCCGUUUAUGCAAGGGUCACGAUGCUUAACGCGCGGAUUAUUCGGAUACAUCGACGGGAGCGUGCUCGGGGAGAGGAAACAAGCACCGCGCGCCGCAAUGCUCUCGCACUCGUCGGUAUAUCCAAUUUAUUCCACCGCAGCUAGAAUCGCAAUGGGAUAACGCUGAGCGGAAAGGGUGGCUCGUACGCGGCGUUCCGUGUUACCGGGCCGAAGGGGGAAGAGGCUUCCACUGUCGCCGUUUCAAUUUCAACUUUUAUAAAGCUCUUACACCCUCGCGCUGGCUGUUGCAAAGGCGGCCUGUGCUGUUUAAGAUUUAGACUAAACCGCUUGAAAGUUCGAGGGAUUGCCUCCUCCCUCGUCGGCGGAUCGGACGCCUUCUCACCAGCCACGACGAGAUUCCGCUACGCGCAGCAGGAUAUUUCGGCAUUUAAUCCCCGAACGCUAACCACCGCGUUUGAGCUUUUCCCUUUCUCUCUGGUAGAAGUUUUUGCCGUUGUUCGAAAGGAAUUAUAUCACGCAGCUGUCACGUCUUAAAUUCAUCUCCCGAACUUAAGUACAACGAAAACCGAUAUAAUACGAUAAACUUUUUAAUUUAUCGAGGGUAAAUUAAUCUUCUCCAAAACGGGAUCUAUUCCACGCUUAAGUAGGCACGUAACUGAUAAUAAAAGUAACAAUAAUUUUCGAGGAAAUGGCGGGGAAGACGAAAUCAAUAACCCGAGAGAGACUUACUGUAUCUCCCUUUUUUUUAAAUCUUGAAUCGUGGAUUAAUUUCCUUUUUCGUCGGGAGAGAAAAUUAUGUCUUGCGUAAUAUUUUGGCCCCGCCAAGUACGGAAGAAAAUUUUUUUUCUCGACAAAAAUGACGCCAAGAGUUCCGAAAUUCUCGUCUUCUCACUUUACUUACUCCAGGGCAAAAAGAUAACACAACUUUACUCUUAGUUUAAUUUCGAGGGAGGGUAAGUAUGCAUUAUAGGGGAUGUCGCUCCAAUAACCUUGACACAUGUCAAGGUCAUCACUUUGAGCAACCUUCUAAACAUUUGAACCGGCGCUGGCCCUUUGUUAAAAAAAUUAUUAACAAAAAUAGUUGCCAAUGUAAAUGUAUAUUUUAUCGUAAAGAUUCACGUGAAGGAUCUGUUGCGUGCUCGAUGAGAACAAGUACAUAGAUUCCACGUUCUAUCUACAUGUUUUAUGUAGAAUACGUAGAUAGGACUUUAUCGACAUGAUAUCCACAUGAAUUCUACGUGGACACUUCCAUGUAGAGUUUUAAUACAUUUGAUCCACGUGGAAUUACUGAUGAAAUUUGAGGAGAUUAAAAUAGGAGAUAGCAAUGUGGAUUUUAUGGGAAUAAAUUUACAUUGACUUUUAUCCUAUAUAAUCCACGUAGAGUUAUUGAUUAAAUUAAAAGUAGAUAAAAAUAGCAAUAUAGAAUUCACGCGAGUAAAUAUUAAUUAAUUUUUAUUUUUUAUAAUCUAUGUUGAAAUUUUGUUGACAUAGAAAUAGACACAUUAAGUUUGCAAAAUCGAUUUUUUCAUCUGCUGGAUUAUUCCGUUUAGUUAUAAAUGCUUAUGUUUCUGAACAGCAUAUAUUAACUAUUAGAAGCUUAUGCUUGCGCUUUUUUUAUUUUAAAGUCCAAGAUUUCUUUCUUGAACACAGUACUGUUGCGAUACAUAAAAUGUUAUCGAUAAAUGAAAUAAAUUUAUGGUUGAAAAAACCUUGGUCUGCACUUCAAUGAACAGACAAUAUUUUUUUAAUGUUUUUUUUAAUAAAAAUUGUUUCAAAUAUUUAUAUUAAUUAUUGUAUCAUAUUGACAUUUUUUUAGUUUCAUUCUUAUUUAAAUGAAUAAUAGAAAAGUUAUUUUAUAUGCUAUUUUGCAUUUGUGAAAAUCAGUUAUAGACCUAUCUAUCAUAUACAAUUAAGGUGUCAUAUAAUAAAAAUGAUGAAAUUUUGAAAAUGAGUUUCAUGUAAGUAUAUCUCGAAAACUAUACGAGAGCGCCGAUUAAUUUAUAAGGAAAAGUUAAUCAGUACUCUUGCCUCUAUAACAUAUGUCAAGAUCAAGGUCAUCGGCGUGGCAUCCCUUAUAAUGCAUAAUUACCCAAGGGAGUUUUAUUUCAACGAAAUGUAGGCUUAACGAUCAAGACGUUUAACGUCACGUAGAUGGGAAGAAAGAUUAAAAAAAAAAGCAGCGUGUCACCAGUGACACUGAAUAAGACGUAAUGGUCGCGUAAUGAAUCAGCGUAAUGUGUGCGUUUCCGCUUGACGUAACUUGCGAUAAAACGCGAUCGUCCAGCGUUUACACACGCGACGUGAUGUUCGAUCAAAACGUUUUUCAAUCAAUUCAAACUGUUAUCGACGAGGGACAUCGGCCCAAACGGGCGGCAACAAAUCGCAAACGCGACACAGAGCACAAAAGGCGACGCGGAAUCCCGGUAUUUCGCCGAGACAGGGCUGUCGAAUGGACAAA